UGAAAUAAAGUAAAUACCUGUAUUUGUGGGGUACGCCAUUUGCAGGCCAUUUAUUACUGUACUAUUCAGGAUGAAAAUUUGGAUGGCUAUUUCGUAGUUAUGAGCAUAAAUGAGGGGUAUUUUCGUCAUCGUACUCCAAGUCAGAGAGAGAGGAAGGAAAGAAGGGAAAAGGAGGAAAAAAAGGAGGAAAAAAAAGAAGAGGGUUCUCAACUACAGCGAAGGGAGGCUUGGCGUUGGAGGGUUUCUGCUUUGCAUAUUGUUCUUUUUCAUUUCUUUCCCUCUUGCUUUUGCUCUUCACUUUAUAUCUAUACUUUACCCUUUCUUCUUCUUCUUCUUCUUCGUUUCGACCAAAAGCAGCUGUGUCUGUGAGAAGAAGAAGAAAAACAAAGAAAAGAAGGCCACAACAAUGGAGGACAUCACUCACCCUCCCAUGGAACAGCUCCAAGACCUUGAGUACUGCAUAGACUCCAACCCCUCUUGGGCUGAAACCAUCCUACUAGCUUUUCAGAAUUACAUUCUGAUGCUAGGCACCAAUGUGAUGAUUCCAUCUUUAAUCGUCCCAGCAAUGGGUGGAGACAAUGGAGACAAAGCACGAGUCAUUCAGACUCUUCUUUUUGUAGCUGGCUUAAACACACUUCUCCAAGCACUGUUUGGAACUAGAUUACCAGCAGUAGUUGGAGGCUCCUUUGCCUAUGUUGUUCCUAUAGCUUACAUUGUCGGAGACUCAUCAUUGCAACGGAUUACCGAUUCUCAUGAAAGAUUUUUACAUACAAUGCGUGCCAUCCAAGGAGCUCUCAUUGUUGCCUCAAGCAUACAGAUCAUUCUCGGUUACAGCCAAGUUUGGGGCUUACUCUCACGCUUCUUCAGUCCAUUGGGAAUGGCUCCUGUUGUCGGAUUGGUUGGCCUUGGCUUGUUUCAACGAGGAUUUCCAGUGCUGGGGGAGUGUGUGGAAAUAGGGUUGCCCAUGCUCAUACUUGUCAUUGGAUCAUCACAAUAUCUAAAGCAUGUGAGACUCUUCAGAGAUCUUCCAAUUUUUGAGAGAUUUCCAGUGUUGAUCUGUGUCACAAUUGUUUGGAUCUAUUCUGUUAUCUUAACCGCGAGCGGGGCGUAUCGGCACAAGCCCAUAAAAACCCAGUUAAGCUGCCGAACUGAUAGAGCAAAUCUUAUUACCACUGCCCCAUGGUUCAAGUUUCCAUACCCUUUGCAAUGGGGUCCUCCUACUUUUUCAGCUGGUCAUUCAUUUGCUAUGAUGGCUGCUGUUUUUGUUUCAAUGGUUGAGUCAACCGGUGCAUACAAGGCAGCCGCUCGCUUGGCAAUUGCCACCCCUCCUCCUGCUUAUGUACUGAGCCGAGGCAUUGGCUGGCAGGGGAUUGGCGUCCUGCUGAACGGUCUCUUUGGAACAACCACUGGUGCAACGGUUGCUGUGGAAAAUGUGGGACUUCUUGGGCUUACCCGAGUCGGAAGUCGAAGGGUUGUUCAAAUUUCUGCUGGUUUCAUGAUAUUUUUCUCUACCUUGGGUAAAUUUGGAGCUGUCUUUGCAUCCAUACCAAUCCCCAUCUUCGCUGCACUCUACUGUGUACUCUUCGGCCUUGUCGCUUCGGUCGGAUUAUCAUUUCUCCAGUUCACAAACAUGAAUUCAAUGAGAAACCUCAUCAUCACAGGACUUUCACUGUUUCUCGGAUUAUCCAUCCCCCAGUUUUUCAAUGAAUACUGGAACCCUACCCACCGUGGGCUUGUUCAUUCGAACGCUGGAUGGUUCAAUGCGAUUAUGAACACAAUAUUCUCGUCGCAAGUAACAGUGUCGUUGGCAGUGGCUGUGUUGCUUGACAACACAUUGGAGGUAGAAAAAUCAAAGAAAGAUAGAGGAAUGCCAUGGUGGGUGAAGUUCAGAACGUUCAGAGGAGACAACAGAAAUGAAGAGUUCUAUACUUUACCAUUCAAUCUUAACAGAUUUUUCCCGCCAACUUAGAAUUUGAAUUUCAGCUUAGCCUUCUUCUCUACCCCACUCAGAUUAACAAAACCCUUGGCCUGAUCUCAAUCUUUUGUUUUUUGUCUUUCUUUACAUUUUUUGUGGACCAUUUGUAAGUGGGUCCUGGACGAUCGUAGAGAAUUUGAUCCAUGCUUUUGUAGAUGCAAUAAAAAUAUGAGGGAAAUUAGGGUUCUAAAGUCCAA